UACUGUUUGUGUUUUGGCUUUCAAUUCAAAUCGUUGGGGUUUCUAAAUUUCCGAAAAACAAAAAAAGUAAAUAUAUUGAAAAGACAUGGCGUUGUGCUCCCGCAACAUUGGGCGCCACAUGUGCAUGCUGAUGCGUCAGAACUUCGCCAAAAGUUGCGAGAAGAAGCUGAACGACCAGAUCAACAUGGAGUUGAAGGCCUGCCACCAGUACCUGGCCAUGGCCUACCAUUUCGAUCGUUCGGAUAUCAGUUCCCCGGGACUGCAUGGAUUUUUUCUCAAGUCGAGCGCCGAGGAGCGGGAGCACGCGGAGAAAAUCAUGAAGUACAUGAACAAGCGGGGCGGUCUCAUCGUUUUGAGCAGUGUACCAGAGCCGCAGCCCUGUUUCGCCAGCAGCCUGGAUGCCCUGAAGGUGGCUCUGAAAAUGGAACUGGAGGUCAACCGGCAUCUGCUGGAUCUGCACUCGCUGGCCGGAAAGGAAUCGGAUCCCAAUCUGUGCGACUUCAUCGAGGCGAACUUCCUGCAGGAGCAGGUCGACGGCCAGAAAAUCCUGGCCGACUACAUCUGCCAAUUGGAAAAGGCCCAGACGGAUGUGGGUGACUAUCUGUUCGACAAGUACAUGGGCUCCGGCAUGCAUUCCGGCAAGUGAAGCACUCGAAAUGGACCACUAAAAUCCGCAUUUUCUAAUUUUCCCCAUGUGUACUGAAUAAAGAUUCGUUGCCCCUUCGAAUAA